GCGCCGCCCGGGGCCGGGCUGAGGCGGGAGGGAGCCGAGCGCGGGGCCGGCGGGCGCUGCCGGCGGCGCCAGCAUGUCCUCCAUCCUGCCCUUCACCCCUCCCAUCGUCAAGCGGCUCCUGGGCUGGAAGAAAGGCGAGCAGAACGGGCAGGAGGAGAAAUGGUGCGAGAAGGCGGUGAAGAGCCUGGUGAAGAAGCUGAAGAAGACGGGGCAGCUGGACGAGCUGGAGAAGGCGAUCACCACGCAGAACAUCAACACCAAGUGCAUCACCAUCCCCAGAUCCCUGGAUGGCAGGCUCCAGGUGUCCCACAGGAAAGGCCUCCCCCACGUGAUUUACUGCCGGCUGUGGCGCUGGCCGGACCUGCACAGCCACCAUGAGCUGCGGGCCAUGGAGAUGUGCGAGUACGCCUUCAACAUGAAGAAGGACGAAGUCUGUGUCAACCCCUACCAUUACCAAAGAGUGGAAACCCCAGUGUUGCCCCCGGUGCUGGUGCCCCGGCACACGGAGAUUCCGGCCGAAUUCCCGCCGUUAGACGAUUACAGCCACUCCAUCCCAGAGAACACUAACUUCCCAGCAGGUAUCGAGCCCCAGAGCAACUACAUUCCAGAAACCCCUCCUCCAGGAUAUCUGAGUGAGGAUGGAGAAACCAGUGACCACCAGAUGAAUCCCAGCAUGGAUGCAGGUUCUCCAAACUUAUCACCAAACCCCAUGUCUCCAGCACACAAUAAUCUGGACCUGCAGCCCGUCACCUACUGCGAGCCGGCCUUCUGGUGCUCCAUCUCCUACUACGAGCUCAACCAGAGGGUGGGAGAGACUUUCCACGCCUCCCAGCCCUCCAUGACCGUGGAUGGAUUCACUGACCCGUCGAAUUCCGAGCGUUUCUGCCUGGGCUUGCUGUCCAACGUGAACAGAAACGCCGCCGUGGAGCUCACGAGGAGACACAUCGGGAGAGGAGUCAGGCUCUACUACAUCGGUGGGGAGGUGUUUGCCGAGUGCCUCAGCGACAGUGCCAUCUUCGUGCAGUCGCCCAACUGCAACCAGCGCUACGGGUGGCACCCGGCCACCGUCUGCAAGAUCCCCCCAGGGUGCAACUUGAAGAUUUUCAACAACCAGGAGUUUGCAGCUCUGCUGGCUCAGUCGGUGAACCAGGGCUUUGAGGCCGUGUACCAGCUGACCAGGAUGUGCACCAUCAGGAUGAGCUUCGUCAAGGGCUGGGGAGCGGAGUACAGGAGGCAGACGGUGACCAGCACUCCCUGCUGGAUUGAGCUGCACCUCAACGGGCCCUUGCAGUGGCUGGACAAGGUCCUCACCCAGAUGGGCUCCCCCAGCAUCCGCUGCUCCAGCGUCUCCUAAGGAAACUCCUCCUGGGGGGGGGCAACAAAGACUCUGGAAAACCCUUAGCAAAAGGCAUAGUAAACAAAUUCCCAGUUAUUCAAGUGAUGAGGAAAAAAAAUCUGCUCCUUAAAAAAAAAAAAAAAAAAAGGAAGAAAAAAAAAAAAGGUGGGUUUUCUCUGUUUUGUUGGUUUUUUAAAUCCCCUGUUUAAGCCACUUCCACUGAAACUGUUGGCACUUUGGUCGGGAUGCUCCGGGCCCUUGCUGUUGGAAUGUGGAGCUGGAGUUUAUCCUGAUAAAGGACUGGAUAGUCUGUGCCCUCUGUGGGUUGUGGCCUCUGGGUGGGCACACAGGAGCCACCACAGCUCCCAGGAAACUUUGCCUUUGCCUCACACGACUCCAGGCCGUGUCCUGCUGCACCCUGGGAACGCCAGACAACGCCAGACACUGUGGGACGACUCCUGCUCCUGCAUUCCUGGCUCAUCCCCCUGCUCCACACCUGGAACUGCAGCAGCAGGGGGGGACAGGAAGCCUUUAAAGCACCCCAAGGAACAAAUUCCUCCAGCAGUGUUCCUCAGAGGAAGGAGUUUCCCCCACUGCCACCAUGGAGGCAGAGCCUCCCCCACCUGGGGGCUCAGCCGGGACUGCCAGGGAGCCAAAGGCCAAAUUUCAGGCUCUUUCUGAUGUUGCUGCAGCGACUCCUGACUGGAGCUGCUCCCAGACGGUCUGUGGGGAGCUCUGCAGUGUUAAACCCUUGUCUGUUUGCGUGAACUGCAGGAGGUUUGGGAUCUGUUUGCUCGCUCUUGGACGGUGUUGGCUCUCCCGAGGCCGGAGGGGCUCUGUGGGGUCAGUCCAGGGGGACAGGCUGGCAGUGCCACGACACAGCCCAGGGUGGGACACCCCUGUGACAGCCUGGACAUCUCAGCCACCUCUGCUGACAACUUCUUGCAGCUGAUGGAAAUGCUCCCAGAUGUGUUUCUGCCUGGAGGACUGGGGGGAGUGUGUAUUUACCUGUAUUAUAAAAUGUUCAUUUUAAACGUACACGCUCCAGACUGUUUAAUAUUUUUUUUUUGUUUUCCCUGCAGCAACUGUCACGGCAAACAACUUCCACAACUGGAAAAAAACAAACCCCAAACCCUUAGCACUUGUUUUUAUGGUUCACAUUUGCCAAAUAAGUCUCUUAACUUGGUCAGUGCUGUCCAAUUCUGUGUUUCUUUCUAUCUGCAGUGAAUAAUCUUCUGCAUUUGUGCCAAAAUAUUAGAGGGGGAGGGGAGAAAGUGAUAAUCAGUUUCCUAUGGAAAUCUUUUUGUCUUGAUUUGGGAUUUUUUUUAUUUUAUUUUUAUUUUCUCUGUGAAAGGCAAACCCAGCAGCUGGAUGUGGCUGUGGGAAGGACUGGCUGGGAUGGUUUGUGUUAAAGGUUUCAGUCCUGCAGGCUGAGCUCAGCAGGGCAGGGGAAGCUGCUUGGAAUCCCAAUUUCAGGCACCUCCCAGGGAUUCCCACCUGCUCCUCCCCUGGGGCCUCUGUGUCACCCUCAGCCCCUGCUCUGCCAAACCCCAGCACUUUUGGGGUCACUGCUGCUCCUCAGAAUGGGAUGGGUUAGAGAGUUUUCUUCCAGAAACAAGAAAUUACCUUUUAUUUUUUUUUUAAUAUCUGAAAUUGAAGUUCUGAGGAAGGUUCUGGGGGGUGGAUAUGCUCCAGCACCUGGGAAUAUCCUCCUGCAGAGCCCAGCCUGGAGCUGUCCCUGGGCAGCACGAGCUGGAGCAGCACUGGAGGCUUUCUGAGCUCUUUAACUGGUUUAGUCUUUGCAAUGUGUCUGAUGUGACUGGGGCAGGAAGAGCAGCUUGUGUUAUAUUUUAUGUAUAAAAUAGGGGUUUCUAGCCACUUACAGGGUCAGUUUGUGUCUCACUGUGGUUUGAUUCAGCAUUUCUGUUCAGACAGAGGUUUCUAACCUGGUUGCAAACAAAAAUUUAUCCUGUGUUUUGUGGGAAUGUUUGACUUUUGGCUGUUUAGGGAGAGAGGGGGAAAUAUCUGCUCUGUAAAAUGGCCCCAGGUUUGCUCUCUCAGUGUCUCAUUUGCUUAUUGUAGUGACAAAUUGUUGUUGUCCUCAGAAUCCUGGAGGAAGUUGGUGCCUUGUGCGUUAACAACAGAAAUGGCACCUGAAAUUCCAGAGGCAGGGAUUACAGUGACAGUGUGUGCAGCAGCCCAGCCUGGCCCAGAGGCCACGAGUGGGAAUAAAUCCCAGCUUGAAUAUGAAUUUUGCACACAGAGUCACCUCCUCAGGCAGCAUUGCCAGCAGGAACCAGAUCUGUAUCUCCUGGCUAAGGCAUCAUUAAUUGCUGGCUGUUAUUAAUUGAGGCCUUUUGAAAACCAGGAUUCAGACGAUGCAUAAAAACUUGGGUUAAUCUCCCCUCAUCAUCCCUUAAGUGAAAUGACUUCCAGUGGAAAAUGUGAGCUGGGCCAGCAGUGCAGUGAGAUAAACCAGAGAUUAUCUCCACUGAAGUAUUCAUUUCCUGCCCUUUGUUUGCUCUUCACUAAUUCAGCAAAAGCUCAGGGGGUGCCAGAGUCUACCUUGGAAAGGGGAAUGGGGAGUCCUGGCCGUGGCAAAGCCAGGGCUGAGGCUGGGGGUGACCCCGGGGCUGUCGUGGCUGGCACUGCCUUUGCUGGCAGUGCAGUGGUUUUAUGGAUAAAGUUGGAUUCCCAUUCCUGCUGACACCAAGGCCAGGGAGCAGGAACUGGGAGUGCUGGGGGACCCUGAAGGCACAGGUGGCUUUGCUGGGUUGGUUUUUCCUGGGACUUCACUGGUGUGGAGCACACAGGGAUGAGCCCAGCCCUGCCCUGGCUCAGAUUCCAGCUCCAGCCUGGAAUACCCUCUCCUUUCCUGGCAGUCUUGGCUGUUCCCCCAGGAUUUCACACAUUUUUGUUGCUGGCAGGGUGAGUGGCAGGAAUUUUGACCCUUUCCUGGGUGUGGCUGCACAGGGCCUGGCUGGUGACACCGCUGGCCUUCUGCCAUUCCAGGGCUGGGGUGAUCUGCUUUUCCUGUUAAUGUCUGGAAUUGCAGUUUGUAUUUUGUGUUAAGCUUGUCUUAGAAGUAAUCCAGGGCUGUCCAUCUGAUUUAAUCUCCAGGACUCAGUGUGCAUACGUACAAAGAUGGAGAAAUCCAAUCAGGACUCGUUUCCCUGGAGCUCUGUCUCCGUGUGCCAGCAAAAGGCUGAGUUACUUUGAGUUCUUCCCAGUUUCCUCUCCCCUUAUGGAUCAGAGGAGUUGAACCUGCCCAGGACUCCUUUGCAGGGAUAUUCAGGACUCCUCUCAGGCAGCAUCUGUGCCUUGUGCUGCUUCCUGCCUGGAAAAGCACAGGGAGGAGGAACUGAGGGUUCAGUGAAGGACUUCAGCCAUACCCAAACCAUGCAGGAGCUUUCCUGAGGUACUGGAUAGGUGGGAGGAUGGGAUGUGCCAGCUGUGCUAAGCUGGGAUGAGGAUCAGCCCCUCUGGGGUGGUCGAGCUCAGUCUGGUUUUAACCAUGUAGUGCUUUUGUGUUUGUGUUUCCUUUCUUGAGUAUCCAGAGGAAUCAAAUAUUUAAUUUUCAACAGCAAGGGCAGUUCAGGACUCGGAGUGUUCAUAUUCCAUCUGUUCCUCCCUGAUGAUGGCUGGGAUGAGGAGUUUGUGGAGUGAGGACAGAGCUGGGCACAAACCCUGGCGAGGGAAGGCCCGGGUGCUUCAGCACCACGCGGGGCUCCCGCCGGGCCCGCCCUUAAAGCUCUCCAGGCUUUGAAAAGACAAAACCUCUUCCCCCAGAACUGGUCAGUUCAUCUCCUGCCCCUCCAGUACUGGGGAGCCCACCCCAGUGUCCCUGGGGGGUCACAUCCAGCCCGUUCCCUCCGGAGCUGCGCCCUGGGAUGGAUCCCUGCGAGCAUGUUUGUGUUAGUGGUAGAAUUCCUGCUGUACAUCCCUGCUUUCCCCCGGCUCCAUUACUCACUGUUUGUCCCAUGUACUCCCUCCCCUUCCCCUGUGCAACUGUAAGGUCUGUUUUUGACAUUUUAAUAAACUUUGAUUUGAAAACUGA